UUGAAGGAAGCCUUUUUUUAUCUAGUUACUUUUCCGCUUUAUUUCCCCCUCCACCAACCAACAUUCAAAUGACUUUCUAACAGAGUUGAGUAAUAUUAUGAAAGUUACAUGUCUGAGAGGAUUUAACUUCGACUUCCCUGAAUAUGCUGAAAGGAGUUUAUGCACUGAAACGACCUCAGGAAAAUCCAAGAUGGCCGCCAAAAGGAAAGGUGGCCUAAAACUCAAUGCUAUCUGUGCCAAGCUGAGCCGCCAGGUGGUGUUCGACAGCAGCUCCCAGAAUGCAGAAGGAGACCAGAGUGUAGCAGAAAAUAGUGAGCGUGGCAGUUCCCACUACGAUGACAAUGAGACCAACUUCACCGAAAGCCUGAGCCUAAAUCAGAGCCUAGAGGAGGACCAGAAGAGACGCGAGGCCAUCGAGAAGUGGGUCAAUGGCGAGUAUGGUGAUGAGCCACCAGCUCCUGAGUGCGGAGAUGAGCAGGAGCAUGAACUCAAAGUCAGCAAUGACGAAGAUGGCCCUCCUGAGGGCGUGUACAUGGUACAGCCCAAAGGCUGCAGCGAUGAUGAAGACAAUGCAGAGGAGGCAGAGCCCUUGGCAGGGUCUCAGGAUGGCAGUUACCAUGACGACAAAGAUGUAGAAGACAGGCCUUCAAAAACUGACACCUACAUGCCGGCAAGCGAGGCCCAGAGAGAAGCAUCUGCCCUGCGAGACUAUGCAGCCAACACCAUGAAUGAGUUUUUGGGAAUGUUCGGAUAUGAUGACCAGCAGGUAAGGGAUGAGCUGACCAAGAAGAUCAGCUUUGAGAAGCUCAAAGCCGCUACCUCAGACCCCUCAUCCCUCAGCAGUGACGAGGCCUCACGGCGUGCCCGCUUCUCCAAGUAUGAAGAGUACAUCCGCAAGCUAAAAGCCGGUGAGACCCUACCUUGGCCCAUGCAUGCUUCCCCACCCAAACCAGAUGACCUCAACUCAAAACUGGCCCAAGAGAAGAGUGCUACCAUGCUCCAGAGUUCAGGGCGCCUCCCAGGGGCCGAGGCACGCAUUUACUCCUCCAGCCUGGAUCACAAACAGCCAGGAGGACCACAGCUGGGCACUCCACAGCCAUCCAAUCCCUCUCACAUCCAGAACAUGGCGUCCCGAGCCUCCAAGUAUGACUUCUUCAUUCAGAAGUUGAAGAUGGGUGAGAGCCUACAGCACCAGAAUGGUAAUACUUACAAGCGACCCUCCAAGUAUGACCUGGAGAACGUCAAGUUUCUGCACCUCUUCAAGCCUGGUGAGGGCAACCAAGACAUGGGUGGUGCCAUUGCCUUUAAGACUGGCAAAGUGGGCCGCCCUUCGAAGUAUGACAUUAGAACAAUUCAGAAGCUGAUGCCAGGAAAUUCCGAGACUUCACUGAUGCCCAACGUCCUCGCUACAGCACCGGGUAAUCCUGGGGCCCCUGGGCUCACAAUGGACCAGGCGGGUAACAUAAGCUUCAACACCUCUGACUACCUAAAGUCCAGCUUUUCCAAGACUGACUCCAUCACCACUGGCACUGUGUCCUCCGUUAAGAAUGGCCUGCCACCAGAUAAACCCGCCAGCGACGACGUCAACCUCUACCAGAAAUAUAUUGCCAGGUUCUCUGGGAGUCAACACUGUGGACAUGUGCACUGUGCCUACCAGUACAGAGAGCACUACCACUGUAUGGAUCCUGAGUGUAACUACCAGAGGUUUACCAGUAAGCAGGAUGUAAUCAGGCACUACAACAUGCACAAGAAGAGGGACAACUCCCUGCAGCAUGGCUUCAUGCGCUUCAGCCCUCUGGACGACUGCAGUGUCUACUACCAUGGCUGCCACCUCAAUGGAAAAAGCACCCAUUACCACUGCAUGCAGGUGGGUUGCAGCAAGGUGUACACCAGCACCUCAGAUGUCAUGACCCAUGAAAACUUCCAUAAAAAGAAUGCCCAGCUGAUCAACGAUGGCUUCCAGAGGUUUCGUGCAACUGAGGACUGUGGCACAGUCGGGUGUCAAUUCUACGGGCAGAAGACUACACACUUCCACUGCAGGCGCCCAGGCUGCACAUUCACCUUCAAGAACAAGUGUGACAUUGAGAAGCACAAGAGCUACCACAUCAAGGAUGAUGCCUAUGCUAAAGAUGGCUUCAAGAAGUUUUAUAAGUAUGAGGAAUGCAAAUAUGAGGGCUGUGUGUACAGUAAAGCCACCAACCACUUCCACUGCAUCCGCUCAGGCUGUGGCUUCACCUUUACCUCCACCAGCCAGAUGACCUCCCACAAGCGCAAACACGAGCGCCGGCACAUCCGCUCCUCCGGUGUCAUGGGCCUCUCUUCCGCCUUCAUGGCGCCAAAGGAUGAGCCAGAGGAAUCGAGCAACGAUGAUCUGAUGGACUUCUCAACCAUCAGCAGCAAGAACUCCAGCCUGAGUGCCUCGCCGACGACCCAGCAGUCCACCACUGUACCGCACCUGUUGGCCACGCCCAUCACUUCUAUCUCCUCCUCCUCUCCAUCGGGGCACACCCUCAAGCUUACAUCCUCGCUGCCCAGUGCGGGCCAGCGUAUGUCAAGCCUGCUGUCCCAGGCCCUGCCCAGCAACAUGCCGGUGGCCCUUGCUCUGUCCAACAGCGCCCUGGCUGCCUCCAAUCCGUUUUUCCCCCUCAUGCCCAGGCUACCUCUCCAACCACCUCCUCCGGCUGCUAGCCUGAUAUCGGCUGUAUCUUCUGGGGCCCACUCCAUGCCCACCGACUCACUGACCCAAGGCUGUUCCACAGUAGGGGCAGAAGGAGCCAUGGCAUCUACCCCAAACUCCUUCACCACCUCCUCCAUCAUGGAGAAGAUUUCGGCCAGCAAGGGUCUGAUAUCACCCAUGAUGGCCAGACUGGCAGCUGCUGCCCUGAAGCCCUCCAACAUCCCAGACGCAGGGAACGGGCAGUCGGCUUUAGCCAGCCAGUUUAAUCUGGUUCAAGUGAAGCAGGAACCAGUGGAAGCCACCACUGGGGCCUCCCAAGACUCCACGCAGGAACACAGCCUGGACCUGAGCAAGAAAGACCACAGUAAUGAAUCAAACGGACACCCUGUACCAGGGAAUACAUCUCUUUUAUCCUCGCUUAUGAAUAAGAUGUCAGAGGUGAACCCUGCCCUCUUCAACGCCAUGAACCUGAAGACAGAGCUGGAGACUGGCCAAGGCAGCGACACCUCAGAGGCAGCACAAUAUCUGAACAGAGUGCUGAAGAGGCCCAUGGCAGACAAACACACUGAGAUCUGGAGGACAUACCUCCGCAGGUUUGACACGGAUGACUUCUGUGAGGCUCAGUGUGACUUCCUUCAGAAAGUGCACUUUCACUGCCUGGUAGAGGACUGCGGUGCACUCUUCAGCACUGUGGAUGGGGCCAUAAAACAUGCUAAUUUCCACCUCAGAGCCACCUUGAAAGUGAAGUCGGAGCCCCCGUUCAGUGAGGGCAAGGCCUCCGGGGAGGGAGCCCUUCUACAGCCUGCUGCCCCCGUCUCUAUGGCCAACAAUUCCUCCAUGGAUUUGGCGCACCUCACCUCUUCUGGUGGCUACAGCUCCCCUCCUCCUUCCCUGCUGGCCUGGAAGCAGCUGACCGGCAGCAUCCCCCAGAUGCCGGCCUCGAUGCCCAACCUGCCAUCCAACUCCCCUCUGGCCACCACUUCUCUGGAGAAUGCUAAGCCACAAGUCAAACCUGGUUUUCUGCAAUUCCAGGAAAAUGAUCCUUGUUUGGCUACUGACUGUAAGUACUCAAACAAGUUCCACUUCCACUGCUUGUUUGGGAAUUGCAAGUAUGUGUGCAAGACUUCUGGCAAGGCCGAGUCCCACUGUUUGGACCACAUCAACCCCAACAAUAACCUGGUUAACGUCCGUGACCAGUUUUCAUACUACUCUCUCCAGUGUCUCUGUCCUAACCAGCACUGCGAGUUCAGAAUGAGGGGCCACUAUCACUGUCUGCGGCCUGGCUGCUACUUUGUCACUAACAUCACCACCAAGCUGCCGUGGCACGUCAAGAAGCACGAGAAGGCAGAGCGUCGUGCUGCCAAUGGCUUCAAAUACUUCACCAAGAAGGAGGAGUGUGGGAGGCUGGGUUGUAAGUAUAACCAAGUGAACAGCCACUUCCACUGCAUCCGCGAGGGUUGCCAGUUCUCCUUCCUGCUCAAGCACCAGAUGACCUCACAUGCACGUAAACACAUGAGGCGAAUGCUGGGGAAGAACUUUGAUAGAGUCCCAUCCCAGGUGAUGCCACUUGGCCAGAGGGCAGAUGAUAUGCAGCAUGCUUCUGGCAUGAUGUCUGGGGCUGUAGCAGCCCACGCUGGUAUGAAUUCCAGCUUUUCAUCCGCCAUCAUGGAUGAGACUGAUGAUUACAUGGACUACACGGGAGGAGGAGGCAGCCCCUUAGGCCUCUCCUCUGAGUCCUCCAACCAGGACCGCAGCUGCACCAGCACACCUGUGGGCAACGAUGGCUCUCCAGCAGGCAACACCAUCUCCAUUCCGACAGCCACUGGAGCAAAGAAGCGCUUCUGGAUCAUUGAGGACAUGUCACCAUUCGGCAAGCGCCGUAAGACUGCAUCAUCACGCAAGAUGCUGGAUGAGGGAAUGAUGCUGGAGGGCUUCCGGCGCUAUGACCUGUAUGAGAACUGCAAGGACGCCAGCUGCCAGUUUUCUCUGAAGGUGACCCACUACCACUGCACACGUGAGAACUGUGGUUACAAGUUCUGCGGCCGCACCCACAUGUACAAGCAUGCGCAGCACCACGACCGAGUGGACAACCUAGUCCUGGACGACUUCAAGCGAUUCAAAUCCUCCCUCAGCUGCAACUUCCCUGAUUGCCAGUUCUCAGGCAACAGCACCCAUUUCCACUGUCUACGCUGUGGCUUCCGCUGCACUGACAGCACUAAGGUGACGGCCCACCGCAAGCACCACGGCAAGCAAGAUGUGAUCAGUGCCGCUGGCUUCUGCCAGUUCAGCUCCAGUGUUGAUUGUGAGGUUCCCGACUGCAAAUAUAAGCUCAAGUGCUCGCACUUCCACUGCACCUUCCCUGAGUGUAAGCACACAGUGGUGGGCAUGUCCCAGAUGGACUCCCACAAGCGAAAGCAUGAGAAGCAGGAGCGGGGUGAGCUGCCAUCUGUGUCACCCAAACGAGAAGCAAUGCACCACCUAGGAGGAAGUGUGUCGGCGGUCCCUCCAGCCUCUAUGGGUCUUUCUACUUCCUCACAUGCUGGCUUCCACGGGUUGACCCACACCAUUAACAGCAGUACUCCCUCCAUGCUCUAUUCAACAAGUAGCAUUGGAUCUGAGUAUAACCACUCAUACCUGCCGUCCUCCAUCAGCCUGGACAGCUCCCUCAACCUGUGCACAGACACCAGCAGCUCACUGUUCUUCCUCAAGAACGCAGUUGGUCUGGGUCUCAGUGACUCACUGGACCUCAGCAAGAAGAUGCCCCAUGAUGUGGCACGAAGCACCCCCAGCCACAACCCCACACCCCCGCUAGGUCUGCCGGCAGCUCAGGACGACACCACAGGCACAUCUGGAGAGGCUGAAGACGACCUGUCGCUAGAGGAGGAGGCGCACGCAGAGGAGGAAGAAGAAGAAGAUGACGACGAUGACGAGGAGGACGAGGAGGAGGAUGCAGAGGAGGAUAACUCUGACUCAAAUGAUGAUUCGAUGGCGGAACCUGACGGUGAAAAGGACAAUGGGGAGAGUUUCAAUGCUUCCGUUAACCACACUGAUACUUCCCAACUGGAUAAGCAAGACGCUGACCCAUGAAAGAAAAAAAAAAAACACAAACUAACAGUGACUGUAUGAACUGAAGACAAAUCCUGUGUACUAUGAACAAACAAAAAUGAAAGUGGCCUCAUUUAUCAUGUUUAGAGACUUCAGAUGACAACAAAACACAACAACA